CACAUCUCCACGCCAACGAGCCUGCAGCCGGGGAUGGCAAAACCAUCUUCUCACGGAAUGUCACUCAGAACUAAGUAAAUUGCGUCGGGCUUUCCGAAACCUGUGUUCUUGCCCGUGUUAUCCCUACUUGAGCUUCUUCUCUGCAACGUAGUGCGGUUUUCGUUCUUCGUCAAACCGAUUAAAUGAUGGUGAAGCUAUGGAAUUGGUACACCAACUGUCUCUCUGUUCAUCCCGUCAAGACCCAGGUUAUUAGCUCUGGCGUCCUUUGGGCUGUGGGCGAUAUUACUGCUCAAUACAUCACUCACGCUGCAACAAAGAAGCGUCUUCACCUCUCUGAUGCAGAUGCUAAAUUUAUGAUCGACUGGACGCGUGUAGCUGUCACAAGUGGAUUUGGUCUCGGUUUUGUGGGGCCAGUUGGCCACUUCUGGUAUGAAGGAAUGGACAAGUUUAUAAGGACGAAGCUUCAACUGCAGCCAAAGUCUUUGCGAUUUGUAACUUCUAAAGUGGCAAUGGAUGGCCUCAUAUUUGGCCCCAUCCAUUUAUUUGUCUUCUUUACGUAUAUGGGAUUGUCGGCGGGCAAGACUAUUCCACAGGUGAAGGAAGACUUGAAGAGGAAUUUCGUCCCAGCAUUCCUUCUAGAAGGUGGCGUGUGGCCUAUUGUCCAAGUUGUGAAUUUUCGGUACAUCCCUGUGAAGUACCAGCUUCUCUAUGUAAACCUGUUCUGCUUGCUGGACAGUGCUUUCUUGUCAUGGUUGGAGCAACAGAAGGAUGCACCUUGGAAGCAGCGGUUUAUGUCAUUUGUCCUUUUGAAGGAGAAAGGAGACAAACAUGGUUAAGGAGAAUUAUAUCUCAACAAUAGUAUUUCCCAUUCCUUCAAUCAUUCAGGCACCCUUUAUAACAAAGUCACCUUUUCCCUGCUAGAAAGAGGAUCUGGAACAUUAGCUUUUAUACUUGUAGAACGCUUUUGGAUAUUCUGAUGCAUGGGAGCAAGUCAUCGUUUCGGUUUUA